AUGCUUCCUGAAGUCGACAUCGAAGAGACCGCUCACCCAACGCCUCCCCACGUGGAGGCCCAAGAGAGUAACAUCAACUCCACCAAGCUGUUGGCCCACAAACAAUUUAACCGCAGAACCUAUACUGGUGCCCUCAUUCUUAAUCUUGCUUCCUUCAUACUCCCUGCCCUGUACGGCACACUGUCCAAACUAUGGGUAGCCAACAUUGAUUCCUCGUUCAUCGUCACAACCGGCGCGUACAGUUACAUUGGCGUAGUCGCAGAGACCCUUAACGAAGGCCUCCCACGAGCGGCAUGGGUCAUCAUUGGUGAUCAUGCCUCUCGCACUCUCACACAGCGGCUCCAGCUCUCAAACACGCGUAUCCUCUUUCAGGCUGUCCUGGGUCUCAUAAUGAGCCUAGCAUUCGUGGGAGGGGCCAGGAGCUUUGCCGAUGGCUUUGUGCCCGUCGAGGUCCGCGAGGCGAGCAUCACUUAUGUGCGCAUCGGAGCGUUCAGCGCAUUCAGCUCUUCAAUCGAGAUGAUUGUUGCAUCUGCUACCAGGGCGCUUGACCGGCCUGACGUCCCGCUGAUUAUCAGCUCGGUCAAAUUUGCUGUCAACAUCAUUUUGGACCUGUUGCUCAUCUCUAAGAUCCAUUUUGGCUCCGAUGAGCCCACAGUCAACAUGCAAGGAGGGAUUCAGCUCGCCUGCAACCUGGCAUCUGCAUUUAUCGGCCUGGCAUAUAUUCUUUGGAGGAGUACGGUUCAAUAUCAAAAGGGGAGAGGAAGCACUCUGCAGGAGUGGACUACAACGAAGCCCCAUCCCCGCGCGCUCCUAAUCUUGUUCCGUCCCGGCGUCCUGACUUUCAUCGAGUCGGCAAUCCGCAACGUGCUUUAUCUCUGGCUGGUAAGCAACAUCGUAUCAAUGGGUUCGACAUAUGCGACAGCAUGGGGCGUUUUCAACACGAUACGGUGGGGCCUUGUCAUGGUCCCGGUGCAGGCCCUUGAGCAAACCUCGCUUGCAUUUGUGGGCCACGCAUCUCUAGUUAAUCUCAAUACUUACUUGAGAACGAUCAUAACUUCACCCCCAGUCAUUGAGAACCCCAGUUACCCAGUCAGACGCUCAGUUGCUUCAACCCACUGUACUUUACCAUAA